ACUUGCUUUGUCUCCGUCGACCAGUUUCCUUUUACUUACACGAGGCAGUCUGAGGAUUUUCCCAAACUUCCUUGGUGUAACAGCGUAGCAACGCAGUCUUUACAACACCGCAUACAGCAUUUAUAAGCGAGCGACCUCUCUGGCUUUUACAUCGUGAGAGCUGCGGACAGGGCCUCGCGCAUCCAAAGCGGAAGACGCUGGAAAAAACAGAGAUAUUAACCUAGUAGAGGGUUUAUUGAUUUCCAGCCUACCACCGGGUCCGUCCUUACUUUACGUGCCUGCUCUGUGACACGUGUCUUGCAUGUCAAGAUUAUUUUUUAUUUUUCGUGAUUUUCUUUUGAAGUCUGAUCUGAUCAUUGGGAAGCUGCAGGAGCAGCGACGUUAUACUUCCCGCUUUUUUUCGCCGCUGCCACUUUCGUUUGAACUGCUGUAGGUGCUCUCAGUGUGCAACUGACCUGCCCUGACUUUUCAUUAGGGUCUCCUGUUUGUGCUAGAGGACGUACACUCAUACAGAAGCUGGACAGCCAGCUGCACCGGCCCCCUUCACGCUCAUCCCCUGCGCUAUGAGCAGAGGUAGAGGAGGGCCUUCCAAAGAACACUAUCACAUAAAUCCACCUACCCACCUCCAGGCCAAGGAAAAUUACAACAGACCUGGCCCAGCCCAACUCUACCCCAGAGCUGGCCCACAGCAGAUCCCAUAUUCAAGUUACUACAACAGCCCUGCCCCUCCCGUGGUGUCCAUACAGCCGCCAGCUCCCUCAUUCAUUUCCUCCGCUCCACCCACACAGAGCCACAAUAAAGCAGCCCCUAAACCUGUGCCCCUUAUCAAUUCACAUAAUCAGAAUCACAGUCCCAGUCCUCAUCCCAAUUUAUUUCAGUACCAACAGGCGGAGUUCCUGAGAGGACACAGCUCUGAGGCUCCACAGUUCAGAGCCAGUCCACGAGGAGGGGGAGGGGGAGUGGUACCCGGCAGGCCACCCAGUUCCUCAUAUCAGCCCCAUUCAGGGUACGGUAGAUAUCCAAACACCAACAGCAGCCCUAGGUGUAGAGGUGGGUAUAGCCAGGACCAGGGUUUUGCGUAUCCCCCCACUGUAGCACCCCCGCGAGGCCCUCAGGGCCCUCGAUACCCGAAUCAAGACCAGUUACAAGGUAAAAACCACAACCAGUACUCCAACAGACAAUGGUGCGCCCAGACAGACAUUUGGUGUGAUAGUUUUCAGAGUUUGUCUCUUCAUCGAGACCGGCCCAUCAGAGGAGAGAGGUUUGACAGACAUUCUGCAUCGAGCAGCUUAGCAAUUUCAAGCUCUAGUAAAGUUAACAUCACUCUCACUCCUGACAUCCAGGAGCAGGUACACAGGGCUUUGGCUGCUUUGAAGCCAAGUGAGAGUAUAUCUGCAAAAUUGUUAGCCAAAAGACUGCGUCUGCCCAAAAAGAUAGUGAACAAGGCCCUCUACUCUUUGGAACGUUCACAGAAAGCCUCCAAGCAAGGACUCCUCCCUCCUGAGUGGACUGUAUACAGAGAACCUCUCAGGUUCUGCAAGGAAGAUCAAAACUCAAAAGUACAAAGUUCCCCAUCCCAUCUGUGUGACAGGUCAGAACACCCUCAAAAACCUGAAGCCAAGGUUGAGCUAAAAACAGAAACAGCAAGAUACAGCGGACAGGCCAAAGAAGAGGACUCUGACACAGAAUCCAGUUCUUCUUACUGCUCCUCUUUAGAGUCAUCUGACUCUGAAGAAUCCCAGUCACCAGCAAAAGGUAAGCACGAAGAUAAACAAAAUCCCGGCACUACCAGCUCCCCUGAUCGGGAACCUCAGCUUCCCACGAUGGCAGACCAGAAGGAGCUAGUUAUGCAGUACCUCCUGGAGUCAAGGGAGGCAACUGCUCUCGUCAUAGCCAAAAAUCUUGGUUUUAAGAAUGCCAAGCAUGUCAAUCCCACCCUUUAUGCUUUGGAGAAGCAAGGUGAAGUUAUUAAGAAUGGGGAAGUCAACCCUCCCACCUGGGAGCUCUCCAGCCGCCGCAGAGAGAGGAUGGAGAGGAGCCUCAAAGCCGCACAGAGCACCUCAGCUGAGGGUUGUCAGAUGGAGGUUGAAGCCAGUAGAGAGACGAAGGGAGGAGGGUCCAUUCUCCUGACGUCACCAGCACUACCACCAAUACCAGGCCUCGAGCCACAAACACUUCCAGACAAAUGGAAUGUGGAGCAAAGUCACAGUGAAACGUCCAGGUCCUCCCCUCAGCCCCCCUCCUUUACCUCAUGUAAAGACAAAGAGACCAGCGAAGGACAGUGGGCCACUGAUGAUAUCCCAGAAUUCCUCAACGCUAUUCGCAGAGAAACGGACGCUGAAAAACUGGCAGCGGAGAAGGCCAACACCAUGGGAACUGUUGCUGUGUCACUGGCUGCCCCACCUCCCCAGAACCUGUGGGCCAAAUUACAGGAGGUGAGGCUGAAGAACCCCGUCAGCGGCCUCAUGGAGUAUGCCCAGUAUCUGGGCCAGAACUGCGAGUUCCUGCUGCUUGACCAGUCAGGGCCCUCCCACGACCCCAGAUUCCGUAUGCAAGUGAUGCUCAACGGCAGGCUGUUUCCUGUCGCAGAAGCUUCCAGUAAGAAGGUUGCAAAAAAGGAUGCGGCUGCGGCCACCCUGCGCAUUCUCAUCGGGGAGAUGCAGGGAGGAGCGAGCACAGGGGACGAUGGCAAUACUGCCAGUACGGACCAAGUCAUGGAUCUACUCCCAGACGCCAGUCGGGCAGCUGAAAGCAUGGGGGGAAUUUUUGGGUCGGGUAACGUGGAAGAGGUAGGGGUGGUGGAGGGACCUCGCCAGCCCCUGUCCCGCUCUCUGCCUGGUGGGAAAAAUCCGGUGUCUGUCCUGAUGGAGUACAGCCAGCGCAGCGGGAACCCUAUCGAAUUCAUCAUCACUGGGCAGGCAGGCCCACCACAUGACCCAAGGUUCAUGUACAGGGUGAAGGUCGGAGAGAGCCUGUUUCCUGAGGCCUCAGCUCCAAGCAAGAAGGCAGCACGCCAGCUGGCAGCAGAGGAAGCUGUCAAAGAAUUAAUGGCUGAAGGGAGAUUGCAGCUCAACAAGCCUCAGUUGCCCCUAGGCUCUUCCAGUGAUAGUGAUGGUGGUGGUGCUGGGACUACAUGUCCCUCUUUGCCCCCUCUGACUGCAGACGAAUUGCGAGCAGCACAUGAGGCAGGCGUUGGCGACCUUAUCAACCACCUGAACAACAACGCAGUGUCAGGUCUUCUGGAGUACGCCAGAGCCCGGGGCUUUGCUGCUGAGAUCCGCCUGGUGGGGCAGUCUGGGCCACCGCAUGAGCCUAAGUUCACCUACCAGGCUAAGCUGGGCGGACGGUGGUUUCCUCCAGUCUGUGCGUCCAACAAGAAGCAGGGAAAACAGGAAGCAGCAGAUGCGGCUCUACGGGUUUUGAUUGGAGAAGCUGAGAGGGCAGCUCGCACUGGGGAGCUUAUCCCGGCUGAGCUUCCAGUGAGUGGCAGCACUUUGCAUGACCAGAUAGCAAUGUUGAGUCACCAGCGUUUCAACGCCUUGACCACACGUAUCCAGCAUAGCCUUCUGGGACGCAAGAUUCUGGCCACCAUCGUCAUGAGGAGGGGGGAGGGCCUGGGGACUGUUGUCAGCCUGGGAACUGGAAACCGCUGUGUUAAAGGGGAGGAGCUGAGCCUUAAAGGGGAGACUGUUAAUGAUUGUCACGCUGAAAUCAUCUCCAGAAGGGGAUUUGUUCGGUUUCUGUACAGUGAGCUGCUCAAGCACUACGAUGGCGCAGACGACAGUAUAUUUGAGCCAGUGGAGAAAAACAAACUGCGGGUCAAAUCUGACAUCACCUUUCACCUCUACAUCAGCACGGCACCUUGCGGAGAUGGGGCUCUUUUUGAUAAGUCCUGCAGUGAGGCUGGGGAUGAAGUUGAGGGCCACCAGCCUCUGUUUGAGAAUGCUAAGCAGGGCAAGCUACGCACCAAAGUUGAGAACGGUGAGGGCACCAUCCCAGUGGAGUCAAGUGCCAUUGUGCCCACCUGGGAUGGCAUCCAGCACGGGGAGAGGCUGCGAACCAUGAGCUGCAGUGAUAAGAUCCUGCGCUGGAAUGUGCUGGGCCUGCAGGGGGCGUUGCUCACCCAUUUCCUGCAUCCCAUCUACCUGAAGUCCAUCACACUUGGCUAUCUGUACAGCCACGGUCACCUGACACGUGCUGUUUGCUGUCGGCUGGCCAGAGAUGGUGAAGCAUUCACCCAGAGUCUUCCUCUUCCCUUCAUGCUAAACCACCCAGAGGUGGGCAGGGUGAGUGUGUACGACUCCACACGUCACACGGGCAAGACCAAGGAAUCCAGUGUGAACUGGAGCUUUCCAGACCAGCACAGUGUAGAGGUGUUGGACGGGACCAAAGGCAAACUGGAUGGGAACAAACUGGGCGUUUCCCGUGUGUCCAAGUCCAACUUAUUCUGUCUGUUCCACACUCUGUGCCAGCGAUGUGGCCGCACAGAUCUCCUCUCGCUGCCCUCCUACGCCCAGGCCAAGAUGUCAGCAAUGUCCUUCCAGCUAGCCAAGCAGCAGUUCUUCCGCUCUCUCAGCGUCCACGGCUACGGUGCCUGGAUCGGCAAACCGCUGGAAGAGAAGAGCUUUGAGGCAGGGGAGGGAACCAGGAACAAUGACGCAAGUGUCCCUGUGGGAUACAGCAGCAGUAGAAACGGAGGAGCGAUGGAGUACAAGCAAGAGGAAGUGUAGAACAGUGCAGGCUGCAUUAUUAAGUGGGUAAUAUAAAUACGUGGGGAGAGAGAAGCACAAGCCAGGGGCAGAUGUGAAGAAAGGAAAGACAGUCAAACAAUGUGUAACCAGCAGCCAGAACUGUAUCUUCCGAUGGAACAUGGUUAAAGGCUGCUGAGGAAGAGUGAUGGAAAGGGUGAGAAUAAAUGAGAGGGAGACGGCAAGGGCAAUCCUGGAAGGGUGAGCUGGGGUCACAGUAGGCAGACAGAGCUAGGAUAGAUUCAGUGGGUGUUCAAAAUAAUGUAAACACUACAUGAAAAAGGAAUUAGUUUGAAGUCGGUAAAUCACCAUGACAAACACUGCUACAAAGCUGAGUUGUCUUAGCUUGCAAGACAGUUACUGUUUUUGUCAGGCUCCUUUAUACUGUUUAUAACUAAAUGUUCGUUUCAGAUUGUAAUUUCAGUUUGUCUUUGUGAUUGUAGUGCUUGGCAUUGCAGGUUCUUUGACAAUUGCAUGGGAUGAUUUGGCGUAUUAAGACCACUGCUUGUUUUAUGAUUUUGUAACAAGAGCUUGAGUAGGUGACACGUGCUGCUAACUGACAUUCAACCUAACAUGACUCUACACUGUAGCAGUGUUUGUAAUUGUAAUUAAGUUCACUUUGAGUCAAAGUCCUUUGUCAUGAAGUGCUUAUUAUUUUUUUUCUGCUCCCUGUAUUCUACUGCAUGGAAAUACAUGCAUUGGAAAGUAGUAUUUGCCCAGUAUGGUCCCAUAUUACAGUGUACAUAAAAAUCUUCCUCUGUACAUAAGAAGAUGAACGCCAACUUUUACUUUAAUCAGUGACUAAUCACUAGUCAUGGUCCAGCAUUUUAGGCUUUAGCCCCUGUAAUUACUCUGAAGACUUUGAGCAGGCCCCUUUCUGAGUUAAAGCAGCUGUAAGAUUUAAACUCACUGUACAUCCUCAGCUGUCCAUCCAUCCACAUGUUGUUGCCAUGGUUUCCAUUGGCACAGCAUAGGUCAGUGUGGCCCUUCGAUCAGUCCCACGAUUUCUCUGUGCUUUUGUGUUUUUAUAUAGAAUUACUGAUGUCAAGGCCUCCAAGAAGUGCAACAUUUCUGUUCUUAUUGCGUGUUUGUGUGUUACUUCAGUAUUUCUCCUUGUUUUCCUUCACUUCUAUCAUUAAGGUCAUCAGUAGCUGGCCAUGCUAGGGAGUCUUGGAAAGUCUCUACUGUCCUGCCUGCAGUCUGCCUGCAUAUUGUUUGUUUUUACAUCUCAGUAUACAAAAGGGCUUUCAGGUUCUCUUGCAUUGCCAGUUGUUGAGGACUGUGAAGACAGUUUUGUUAAGGAGAGUGUAGUUUUUUCUUGAUUUGGUUACAUGUAGAUUGAUGAUGCAGCAUAUACAUCAGGUAUAUACAAAUACAUGAACACAGAUGUAUAGUGGGGUCCAAAAGCCUGAGUCUAGUUUCAGUAACUCAUUUGUCAAAAACUAACACAGAUGUUUGGUUAGAUCGUUUACUUCUCAAAGUAGUGCAUAAUGUCGUUGGGGGGGUGUUCCAGUGUUUUUAGUACUUGUUGUUGCACAUCUUUAAACUUGACAUUAUUUUUGAUCUAUGUGCAUUUGAAUAAGAGGAUUAAUAGAAGAAAAUGUAUCAUUAAAAUGUACAGUUGUCAGCAAUGGACUCAGACUUUUGGAGCCCACUGUUUGAUUGUUUGAGUAUAACGCUGUGUGUGCGUGUGCGUGUGUGUGUGUGUGUGUGUAUAUAUAUAUAUCUCUAUAUAUAUAUAGAUAUAUCUAAAAAUCUAUAUAUAUAUCUAUAUAUAGUCUGUGUGUGUAUGUAUAUGUAUAGGUUUAAUGUAUAUAUUUUGUAAAUCAUCUACAAUUGUUCUUUUCCUGAUAUUUUAAUGGAGUAUGCUGUUUUUUUACUGAUUUUGGAAGGUUUGAAAAAAUUAAACA